AUGGCUAAAGAAGUUAUCCACAUUCAUAUUGGUCAAGCAGGUGUCCAAGUAGCUAACGCUUGUUGGGAACUAUAUUGUCUAGAACAUGCCGUGAGACCUGACGGUAUCCUUGCCUUUAACAAUGAUGACAGUAGCAGUGGUACAUUUUUUGGAUCGACAGGUGCUGGAAAAGUGGUGCCAAGAGUCGUCAUGAUAGACUUAGAGCCUACUCCAAUAGAUGAAAUACGAACAGGAACAUAUCGUCAGCUAUUUCAUCCCACAUCUUUGCUAACGGGUAAAGAAGAUGCCGCAAGUAAUUUUGCUCGCGGCUAUUUCGGUGUUGGGAGAGAAAUGAUCGAUUUAGCUCUCAACCGAAUCCGAAUCGCGGCUGAAGAUUGUAACCACCUUCAAGGCUUUAUUAUAGUUCGAUCAUUUGGUGGCGGUACAGGAUCAGGCUUCACCGCUCUUCUACUUGAAGGUCUAUCUAGGGAUUAUGGAAAGUUAUCGAAAAUUGAAUACGCCAUUUAUCCAUCACCAAAAAUAUCACCUAUCAUAGUAGAACCUUAUAAUGCUGUACUUACAACUCACGCCUGUAUGAAUACUGAAGACAUUUGCUUUAUAUUUGAUAAUGAAGCUCUUUAUGAAAUUCUGGCGAGAUCGCUGGAUGUACCGAGGCCUACGUAUACAAACUUGAAUAGACUUAUAGCUCAGGUGGUAUCAUGCAUGACAGCUUCAUUAAGAUUUGAAGGGUCAUUGAAUGUGGAACUAGUGGAAUUUAGAACAAAUUUGAUUCCAUAUCCGAGAAUUCACUUCCCUUUAGUGACAUUUGCUCCAUUUGUACCUCCAACGAGGGCAUUACAUGAUACAAUGACAACUCAACAACUAUUGAUGUCGUGCUUUGAACCUUCAAACCAAAUGGUAAAGUGCGAUCCUAGAUCUGGAAGCUACAUGUCGUGCUGUUUGUUGUUCAGAGGUGAUGUCAACCCGAACGACAUUAACUCUGCUAUAAACCAAAUAAAAGGCAUGAGAAGCAUUCGAUUUGUAUCAUGGUCUCCGACAGGAUUUAAGAUUGGUGUAAAUUAUCAGCCUCCAGUUACAGUUCCCGGUGGCGACUUAGCAGCUCUUCAAAGAGCUGUAGUAAUGGUCUCCAAUAACUCGGCAGUUCGAAUGGCUUGGGCACGGCUGUGUAAGAAGUUUUCUUUGAUGUUCGCAAAACGAGCAUUUGUUCAUCAUUAUGUCGGUGAAGGAUUAGAAGAGGGUGAAUUUAAGAAUGCACAGAGUAAUGUCAAAGCUCUAAUCAAUGAUUAUAAAGAAAUGGAAGAUUAA